GCAGGGCGCUGCUCCCCUGGAGUCCGUAUCCUCCCGGAAGCGGAAGUGCGGCUUCCGGCAGCGAUGAGUGUGACGGACGGCGCAGAAGGGGACCACCGGCGACGGAGGCGGUAGUGGCGGACGGAGGCUUCUUCUCUCAGAAUGCCAUUUCGAUGAUACAGUAUGUUGGUCACAGCGUAUUUGGUCCUCGUUGGCCUUUUGGCUCUGUGGGCAGUGUUGGAGUUCUCAGCUUGCCAUUCAAAGCCUUCACCCACCAGCAACGCGUUGGGCAACCCUGCUUUUCGACUCUUUCAACAUAGCUUUUUCAGAGCUUAUUUCCCAGUGUUGGCUGCAGACUGGCUGCAAGGUCCCUAUCUGUACAAACUGUACCAGCAUUACCAUUUUCUAGAGGGACAGAUUGCUAUUAUAUAUGUGUUUGGGUUUGGAGCAACUGUGCUAUCAGGUCUGGUGAGCGCUCCCCUGACUGGACGUCUUGGUCGACGGAAAUCAUGUAUACUUUUUUCCCUCCUCCUCGCAGGAUGUUACCUGUGCAAACUGUCACAAGACUACUUUGUGCUCCUCACCGGGCGUGUUCUGGGUGGAUUCUCAAGCUCCUUGCUAUUUUCCUCCUUUGAAUCUUGGUAUGCUCACGAACAUGCUGAACAUCAUGAUUUCCCUGCAGAAUGGCUCCCUCACACCUUCUCUCAAGUUGCUACCUGGAAUGGUGCCAUUGCGAUUGUUGCAGGAAUUACUGCAAAUGCCUGUGCAGAGUGGCUAGGAUUGGGACCAGCUUCACCCUCUGUGCUAGCUGUGCCACUGCUUGGUCUGUCUUUAGCCCUAGUGACACGGGACUGGGACGAGAAUCGUGGACAGAGCAGCAGCAUUACCCGAAGUUGUGGUGAUGGUCUGAGAUGUCUUCUGAGAGACCGCCGUGUAUUGCUUUUAGGUGCCAUACAGGCAUUAUUUGAGAGUGUGGUUUACAUCUUCAUCUUCCUCUGGACUCCUGUACUAGAUCCUCAUAAUACUCCACUUGGAAUUGCAUUCUCUGGCUUUAUGGCAGCAAGUGCAACAGGUUCAUCUCUUUACCGACUUGCAACUUCAAAGAAGUAUCACCUGCAACCCAUGCACAUUCUCUGCCUGUCUGUGCUCAUGGUUUUCUUCUCCCUCUUUAUGCUUACCUUCUCUACAGUGCCAGGCCAGGAGCGACCAACUGAGUCUUUCCUUGCCUUUCUCCUCAUCGAACUAGCGUGUGGGCUCUAUUUCCCGGCAAUGAAUUUUCUGAGACGUCGACUGAUUCCAGAAAAGGAACAAACUGGGGUAAUGAACUGGUUCAGAGUUCCUCUGAACCUCAUUGCAGGACUGGGGCUUCUUGUGCUUCAUGACAGUGACUAUCAGAGUGGUACUAGAAAUAUGUUCAGUUUGUGUGCUGUCACAAUGCUGCUCGCACUUCUCAGUGUCGUUGGCCUUUUCUCAAUGGUGAGGAACGACUCUGAUUUACGGAUGCCAAGUUCUGAGACUGAGCCCAGUGGAUCUGAGCUUUAAAUUUGCUGUGAGUUUAGACUGUGCUCUAGAACGCAACCAAGGCUGAAAAGGGUGCAAAAUCUGAAUUUAGACUUCUAUAUAGAUUGGGGCACAUUAAACCAGUUCUAUAAUGGUGGACAUUUUUCAGCUGUCAGGAGCAGAAGGUUUGUUACUUAGGAUGGGUUCCAGGCAGUGACACUGCAGUAUCAUAGACUUUUGUUACAAGAUACAUUAAAAUCUGUGCUGAGAGCAACAAUUGUAAUGUGUCAGCAGCUCUUGCUCUGUCUCUUUUACAUAAAAUGUAAAUGCUGUACAUUUGGGUUUCGGGGGUGAUCUUAAUAUCAAUGUAUUGAUAGAGAUGUUUAAAGAAAGGGCAUAACACUCAUAUUGUGCAUAUUUUAUUGCAGAUCUUCUUUUCCUGUCAUUAAUAAAUGAGACAUAUUUUUUAGGGAGAGAGACAAAGCGCUGCAUUACUUUACUGUUUUCUAGGUAAAUAGUUACUUUCCCAAUAUAAUGCAUAAUAUGUUACAAUAUAGUGCAACCUAGGGGACAUUUUGGGAGAUCUACCAAAACCUGUGCAGAGAAAAAAGUGGUGCAGUUACCCAUAGCAACAAAUCCGAUUGUUUCCUUUUUUUCAGAUGCAUUUUUUUUAUAAAUAAAACUCUCACUGGUUGCUAUGUGCAACUGCUCCACUUUUUGUGUGGGUGCUUAAAAGUUUUUGUUCCAAGGGUUUAAUAAAUGAAACUAUCAGCAGGGAGGGAAUAAUAGUUAUUUGCAGGUUACGUAAACAGUCAUCAUUUACCUGUUAAAUUCCACUAUGCUAAGUUUUACCGUCUCCCUCCAGUCUUAAAGUGUUAAUGUCACUUGUAAAAUGUCAAAAGUUUAGAUUACAGUGGUCUUAAAACCUGUCUUGAGAAUAAUAGCUGAGUUAAGUGUGUGCACAUUACUCCCUGGCUAUUAAUCGACUUUCUCACUACAUAAGUCAGAGGAGUAAAAAAGUCGAAUUGGGCAUCUGGCCAGGUACAGAGGUCUCAGUACUCAAACCUGAUGGGAUCUAAGCUUUUGACCUGACUAGACAACAUGUCAGUAGUUUUUACAAUUGACACAAAUACUUUAAAGGAAUUCUGUAGUGCAAAUUAACAUCCCCCUAUUCAAAGGAUACCUGGGUGGGGGGAGGGGACAGGGCGGCUGCCACAUCAUGCUGGGGACGGACACGCCCCCCUUCCUGCCGACUGCUGGGGACCUGUACAGGAGAUUUCGGGGGUCACAGUGGUCAGACCCCCUGCUAUCUAUAACUUAUUAGGGGCCAAGUUAUUCUGCACUACAGUAUUCCUUUAAUGCAAGGGUGGGCCAUGUACUUACAUUCAUGACAAGUAGAGAUGAGCGAACUUACAGUAAUUCGAUUCGUCACAAACUUCUCGGCUCGGCAGUUGCUGACUUUAGCCUGCAUAAAUUAGUUCAGCUUUCAGGUGCUCCGGUGGCUGGAAAAGGUGGAUACAGUCCGAGCAGAGAGUCUGCAGCCCUCCGGAGCACCUGAAAGCUGAACUAAUUCAUGCAGGAUAAAGUCAGCAACUGCCAAGUUCGUGACAAAUUGAAUCACUGUAAGUUCGCUCAUUUCUAAUGACAAGCAUCCCCUUUAGAUAACUCAAAGAGGAUCUGGAACUACCUAAAAAUGACCAUGAAAUUACACUUCUGGAUUAUUUUGUCCACUUGGUAUUGCCGUUCUUGUCAGCGGCAUGUCUGCAUUGGUUGCAUUUUGUUAGGACCACCCCCGAAAUGAAAUAACCUGGAUGUCAAUGUAUUAAUAAAUAUCUAGGAGAAAAAACAUGGCAGCUAAUGUAGAGGUUUAAAGGGGUACUCCGGUGGGGGAAAAAAACAUUUCAAAUCAA